GGUGCUCGUUGGCAGAAGUGGUGUCCGGACAUGAGCAAUGCUAUUUGGCAAUGAUCUUCGUAGAUUGACACAGGAUCAAUGAAUGAAGUGGUUGAAUCGGUGCUUUAUGUGUGAAAUAUUAACGAGGUCUGACUGAAUGUCAGCGUGAGCCGAGGGAAUCUCUAGUGACUCAUUUGCGUAUAUUUCCUCGUCGCGGACAUGUUUCCUUCAGCUGCAGCGAUGUCCGCAAUAAACAACGGCGCGAUCUACAAAUUAAUUGAGUGUCGCAGGGUGGCAGCUACCCGUGGUAAAGUAGGCAUUGUGGCGUCCAUCCAUAAUGGUGAAGUGCAGAGUACAGCACUCUGUGACCACUUUGCAGCACAGUAGGCUGUACCCCCUGCUAAAAAACCUCAUGCCCAGGCACGCAAACUUCACCUGUACCGACAACUGCUCGGGACAUGGGGAGUGCUACGAAGGAACCUGCUUCUGUGAGGUUCAGUAUAGUGGUGGUACCUGUACAGACCCAAAUCUCAGCUACUUUGUAGCGUUCUCCACUAUAUUUUAUCUUAUCUGUGCUGUUUCAUUUAUCCAGUUGCUCAUAUGUAUUCGUUCGGAGUUCAACAGGAUAAAGCCACCUUCAGUAUUGAAGGCAUUCAAGGUUACAACGCAGAAGGCACUAUAUGCACUCAUUUGUGUGGCCACAUUUGCGAGAGGUUUCUACUUCUCUUCUCCCGAGAAUGCCUCCCUCGAAUGGGCCUCCAGUUUGAUGAGUGCAUACUACCCAUUGUUGCUUACUGGGUCUUCGUUGAUUGUUUGCUUCUGGGCUGAGGUGUUUCACUUGCGAGACCUGAGACAUGACAUACCCCGGUUCCUCAGCAAGUCUUUCCUUGGAUUCCUCGCUUUCAACAUCAUCACGUACUCUCUGCUCAUGGCAGAGCUUGUCCUUAUUCAGUUUGCUGGCUAUGAAGAACCAGAAAGGGUCUUAUUCCUCAGUGUGUUCAACGGCUCCUUUGCUGUGCUUAUGGUGAUAGUCGUAGUUUUCUUUCUCAUCUACGGGGUCGAAGUAUUCUUCAAAGUGCGAGGAGCAUUCGUGGCUGGCCCACCGAGUCUUCCCGACAUGUCGCAGGUACACCAGUCCAGACUGGGACUGGUUGCCUUUGCCGUCUUGCUGCUUUCCAUGGUCCUAUUCAUCCUGUCCGAUGUCAUGGGCUCCUUCUGGAAAGACAAGGUUCCUGUUUUGAGCCGUAACUGCCACGAUGUCAUGUUCAGAGUGAUUGAAAUGGGACUGGCCCUGUGGUUUCCGUGCGUCCUCUGGAACUGCGUCCAGCCUCAGCAGCUGUGGAUUCUCAAUCCCAAGAGGCUGCUGGUGCGGCGAGAAGCGGAGAAGGCGCCGCCAAACGGAGCCGAGUCUGAGGCACUCUUUUCCGUGCCAAAAGAAUUGAUCAAGAGCGGAGAGAGCCUCAGCGAGAAGGCUCCCGAAUGCUUUAUCUGCUACGAUACGGAACGUACGGAUGCUGGUCCUCUGAUCCGUCCCUGCAACUGCAAGGGCGAUGUGUCAGUGGUGCAUCACGAUUGCUUGAGGACCUGGCUCGUUGAGAGUGCUGGUAGUUCAGACAGCAACCGAUGCAAAGUGUGUAAUGAGGAGUAUGAGCUAGAACGUGGUGACGUGUGGCUUCCGAGUGGUCUGUCUGCUACGCACUGGGCCCAGACAGCAGCUGUGCUAGUCAUCAUUGGUAUCUCUAUCUCCGCUGCCUGUGUCGUCGUCAACGUCUUCGACAACGUUGGUGUCCGGACACUUGCGGUUGGCUUGGCCCUACUGGCCGUUUACGUUUGUCUCAGGCUCCUGGGUGUAAGUGUGCUCGAAGCCUACCACCGAGCAAAGUUCUCUGCCGUGAAGAUCCUUGGCAGGCACCUGACAGGCCAGAAUGUGGUGAUAGUAGGCAGCAGCACUCCUUCGAGCAACAGUGCGACGGUUGUGGUGAACAAAGUGAUGACGCAUCGCAUCGCAUCCCACCUGCCACCUGACCAGAAAGCAAUGCUCACUACAAUGCUCUCUGAUUCACAACAUCCUGACUCUGAAUUGGCAAUCUAAUCAAAGCAAAUAUUUGUCAGCUUUCCCACUGAUUUGAUCAUUUGCGUGUCUCCUCUCUACCUUUACCCAAAUUGUUACCCAAAACUACUUGCUGGCAGUAGUGCACAAUGCAAAAUUAAGAGGCAAUGAGGGUGUAUACCGGUAUGCUGGUCUGUUAGUGCAGUGGAAUAAGGGGAAUGGCACCAUGGAAUAUAUGAUAUGUGCAACAGUUAUAUCCAAUACAUUAGCUACCUGGUGAGAUGUGCUGUCAUUUCCCCAGAAUCUCUGUCAAUACAUGAUAGUGCUGAAUUAAUAGCUUUCCUGCUUAAUAUAUGAUAUGGAUCUGUAUUUAUGACACUAUUUUUGUUAGGAAAAAAAAAAUUCUGUAAAGCACAAAGAAUGUGUGUGUGUGUAGGAUUUAAGUUAAUGUCAAAUUGUAUGUUUUAUUUCAUGGUGAAAUAAACACUGUACAGGUUCUGGCAUCA